AGAAGAAGAAGUAGCAGCAACAGCGGAAUUUUUGUUUUCGUCGGAAUGACACGUUUUUCCAAUUUUCAGUAAGUUAUCUGCAAGUUAUUCAGUGAUGGGUGACAAUUUAAAUGUGUCCGAUCUUAAAAUCGAGGACACUGGAACAGACGACACGGAAGGAGACGUAGUUGAUCCAUGGAACGUUACGAGCUCGUCGAAUACUGGCGUAGACUAUGAUAAAUUAAUAGCAAGGUUCGGGAGCUCCAAAAUUGAUGAUGUUCUACUCGCAAGAUUUGAGAAGGUCACAGGCAAACCCGUACACCAUUUACUCCGGAGAGGAAUAUUUUUCUCCCACCGUGACAUGCACAGUAUUUUGAACCUGUAUGAAGCAGGCAAACCAUUUUUCCUCUACACAGGCAGAGGACCUUCCUCCUCAGCUAUGCACAUAGGACACCUUAUUCCCUUUCUUUUUACUAGAUGGCUGCAAGAUGUUUUCGAUGUUCCACUUAUCAUUCAGCUCACAGACGAUGAGAAAUUUCUGUGGAAAAAUCUGAAAAUAGAUGAAGCAACAAAACUAGCGUACGAGAACACUAAGGAUAUAAUAGCAUGUGGGUUUGAUCCAAGCAACACCUUUAUUUUCUCAGAUUUAGAAUUGAUUGGACAAUGUCCAGCAUUUUAUCGGAAUAUAGUUAGAGUUCAGAAGAAUGUAACAUUUAAUCAAGUCAAAGGUAUUUUUGGUUUUGGAGAUAGUGAUGUUAUUGGAAAAAUUGCUUUCCCUGCCAUACAAGCAGCACCCUCUUUCUCCUCAUCUUUUCCAUUUAUCUUUGGAGAUAAGAAUUUACCUUGCCUGAUUCCUUGUGCAAUAGAUCAGGAUCCAUAUUUCAGAAUGACAAGAGACGUUGCGCCAAAAUUAGGUCAUCACAAGCCAGCGUUGCUUCAUUCUUCUUUCUUGCCUGCUCUUCAAGGAGCUAUGACAAAAAUGUCAGCGAGUAAUGACCUCUCGGCCAUUUAUCUGACAGAUACUGCAAAGCAAAUUAAAAAUAAGGUUAAUAAAUAUGCAUUCUCAGGCGGUCGUGAUACCAUUGAAGAACACAGGAAACUGGGAGGCGACUGUAGUGUAGAUACAUCUUAUCAGUAUCUAAAAUUCUUCCUAGAAGAUGAUGAAAAAUUGGAACAAAUUAGAAAAGAUUAUAGCAGUGGAGCUUUGUUAACUGGCGAACUCAAGAAAAUUCUAAUAGACAAAUUAUCAGAAAUUGUCGCUAGUCACCAAGAGAGGAAGAGCAAACUAACGGAUGAUGAUGUCAAGCAGUUCAUGAAACUCCGACCUUUAAGUUUCCAAACCAAGUAGACUCUUUCUCUCAUAUGAUUUCUUUAUGAUCCUGUCGAUUUUAAUGAGGACUCUGUACUGACAGUCUUUGGUAAACAACAGCACAUUGAGAAAACAAUGAAGGUGAGGAGUAACUGUUUUCACGUGUGAAAAAUCUCCCCCCUCCAAAAAAUAUAAGUAUCACCUUCGUGAAUGAUAACUGUAAUUGUUUCUCCUGAAUUAAACCGUGCCUAUUUUAGGUAUGGAACCAUAGCAAACUGCUCAGCCUGUAGAAAAAUAGUACAGAAACCUACUUUCAAUUGGUUAUGUUUUUUUUUUUUUUUUUUUUUUUUUUCUCUCUCUCUUCUUUUUUUCAAUACAAAUUAAGAACACCUAGCCACAUGUCCUCUGGCAGAAUCAUUAUGUAUUGCUUUUUGAUUCACCAUUCUGUGUUGAUAGUCUCUGCUAGUCAGGGUGUUCCAACUGUGGAAAGUCAGGAGAAAAAGUAUUAGUAACAAAUUUGUGGGAAAAGAGAAGAAUUUCCUUUAAGAAGGGCACCUAAGUAUUUCUACGGAACGAGGAAUCAUCUCCGAAAAAGGGUAAUUAUUUUGUUGUGAGUUUUUUGCUGUUCCGCAAGUUUUCACCUCUGUUGAAUUUUUUUUUUAUCUAUAGUCAUAAUUGAGACGAAAAAAUCAGAUAACUUUGUGGGCAAUUCAACAGUUACGUCAUUUCGGAGUGGAAGACGGAGAGAAGCAGAGAAUUUUUCCCCUAAUAUCUGUGGACACUCUGGCUGGAAGAAGACAAAUGUUUUGCUCAGAAUGGCAGCAGUCACAUUAUCGAGAAUGUUUCAGCUACCUCUCUUUAUGAGUUCCUAAUUAGAGUAUGCAACUAUUGUAUCCACAAUAGUGAUAGAAUUUCCAGAAGUGAAGUAAUGAACGGGCAAAUUGACAAAGUCUGAAAUAUGUAGAGAAUUUCUUUCGAAAUUUAAUUCCAAAAUUGCACGCAAGAAGUACUAUAUUCAGCAUGCAUUGACAGCAGCCUCUGUGAAUUGUAAAUGAUUGCAAUGUAUAUGAAUCGAGCAUUAAUAAAGGAUCAUAUUUUGGCAUUAGUGAUAAUUAGAAGUUGACUUUGGAACUUUUUGCGUCUACUAAAAUUUUUGCAAAAUUUUGUAGAGAUAAAACGUCUAAGAAAUAUUGAAGUUUGACAAUGCUUACAAGCCCACUACUCAUAAUGAUGACUGAACUCUGAAGACAUGUAUCUCAUUGUACUAAGAUUUUCUUUUAUGUAUGUACGUAAGCAUACUAAUACCUCUCAUUUCUUGUAAAAUUUCAUCGAUUUUCUUAUCUUUAGAUGGGGCUGAUUCGGUUAGAAUUUGAAAUGAAAAGGGUUUUCCCCAGUUUUUUCCCCUUCCUCUCUCUGAUGUAAAAUAAAAUAUCGACAGUGAAUCUGCCAAAAUGCAUAUCUUGGUUUGCCUCGUUGCAGACCUCCUAUCAUAUUUUAAGUAUUUUCUAUGUGGAAAACUACUAGACGUCAUUUCUUUAAAAAAAAAUUGGCGAUUUUUCCGAUUUCUUCAAGUGAAGAAUAUUUUGUAAAAUUUUCAAGCCAUGAUGUUGGUUCAGUCUGGGUAUAAAAAACAAAAAAGGAACCGAGAGUUUGAAACAUCGCAAUCAAGAUACACAUGUUUGCAUUUGCACCAUCGAUAAAUUAAAUAUUUCGAGAUAUGCAGUUAAGAAAUCAUCAUGGUGUAGGAAGUCCCUUAAUUUUGUUUGAUGAUAAAUUAUUUUCAUCCUGCUCUGAAGACAAUGAAAGGUGGAUUUUGUUCUCAGGAUUCUCUUUGCCCGGAUCCGUUUUUAAAGAACCGAAACUUCUAAUUUAGCUCAUUACUCUUAAAUAAAGUAGUUUGCUUUUAUUUGAGUGAUGUAAUUUAUAUUUAUGUUCAAUGUAUAGUUUAUGUACCUACUUUUACCAUUUUUUUUAUUAUUAUUUGAAGGUUUCCAAUUAAAAUCGAAAGUAUUUUCCUUUA